AUGACCCCAUUUAAGACCCAGCUGUCAGGAGCCCACGUCCUUGUGACAGGUGGAAAUAAAGGUAUCGGCAGAGUUAUUGUAGAGUCUUUUCUUGCUGAAGGCGCCAACGUCUCUUAUUGUUCACGAUCCGCCAGCGAAGAUGAUUUCGCCACCUUCAAUGGUGCAAUCGAAGGAGCCAAAGUAUUGGGAACAAAGGUAGAUAUCGGAAACCAAGACGAUGUUCGGGCCUGGGUAGAGAAAUCCGCGGAAAUAUUUGGGAGAAUCGACGUGGUAGUUGCCAACGCAUUUGCCAUUUUCCAUUCGUCUUCUAUUGAUGACUGGCGGCAGAGCUUGGAAGGAAACGUCAUCGGACUCAUCACCCUAAUCGACACGGCGGCCCCUCAUCUUAUCGCGCGUGAGGGAAAGGGCUCCGUAGUUGUUUUGAGCUCUGUUGCUGGGUUCGAGCUCCGUUCAUCUAACCCUACAGGCCCACAGUCAGCGGUAAAGCGCUCACAGGCAGUAAUUGCCAAAGGCUAUUCCAAGAUGCUUGGGCAGAAGGGAGUACGUGUCAAUACUGUGACCCCUGGUAUUGUGGAAACGCCAAGCCUCGUUCGAGCGGAUGGCACCGAAGAGCUGAGUCCGUUUCAGAUGGGAAAAAAGUUAAAGCCUGAAUUCAUGCAGAGUAUCAUAGAUCAAGUCCCUAUGGGAAGGCCCGGACAGCCACAAGAAGUUGCCAAUGCCGUUUUAUUCCUUGCGAGUGCUCUUUCUGGCUACAUUAAUGGGGUAAACUUGCUGCUUGACGGGGGAUUCUCUGUUACUCUAUAA